ACAGAAAAGUUUCAAUUUUUUAAUAAAACUGUAUUAGAUAUAUUACCCGAUUUUUCCUGUAUCUAACAAACGUAUCUUCUCGAUCCAUAAUUCUUGUAUAGAUACUUUGAAGUUCUGGUUACCGGAGUGACGGCCACCACAACAAAUACUUCGAUUAUGAGAAUGGUGUACGAACAUUGUGAAUGUUAAUUAUCUACUAGUUAUAUGCGUCAUCGGUAAAGGAGCUUUAAAUAAACGUAGUAGUAUAGUGAUAAUGGCAAACAAUGCACUGAGCAACGGUCGCAUUCAACAACCAACAGUUUCACAACGAUUAAGAGAUGAUAGAACGAAGAAAGUCGUCGACAUACCAUCAAUAGAAAUUCGUAAUUGGUUAUUACAUCGUUAUUAUACGAGGCGUGAAUAUAGGAUAUGUAAAAUUCUUAUUGAGGAAGAAUUAGCUAAAUCAAAUGGUCACAAUGAAUAUGCAAAUUAUUUAAAGGGUCUUAUCUUGAGAAAGGAAGGUAAAGUUCAAGAUUCCUUAGAUAGUUUUCAAGCGGCUUACAAAGUGAAUUCAUCCAACGUUAAUAAUGUUAAACAAAUAGCUAAAUCUUUAUUGAUAAUGGGUAGUCAUAAACGUUCGAUCGAAGCAUAUUUAGAAGCAGAAAAGAUAACAGUUCUACCUGAUUGGGAUAUAUAUUAUAGUCUUGGAGAGUGUUACACCAAAUUAAAUCAAUUACAAGAAGCGAAAAAGCAAUUUAAAAGAUCGAUCGAGUUAACGAAAAAUGAAUUACCGUAUCUCGCUCUUGCAAGAGUACACAUGAUGGAAGAUCAGAUAAUAGAAGCUAAAAAUAUUUAUAUCGCUGCAUUAACUGGAAAUCCAGAAAGCGUAACUGUUUCCACAGAAUUAGGUUUGUUAUACCUAAGAAUCGGGGAUAUACAAAGAGCAUUUCAACAAUUCGGGACUACUUUAGCUUAUGCGUCAAAUUGUUCUAAAGCUCUUUUACCAAUUGCUUAUAUAAUGCAAAAACAUAACGAAUACGACGUGGCAUUAUCUAAAUAUAAAAUAGCGGCCCAAUUAAUACCCGAAUCAUCAGCUCUUUGGAAUAAUGUUGGCAUGUGUUUUUAUGGGAAACAAAAGUUUGUUGCCGCAAUAAGUUGCUUAAAAAGGGCCCAUUAUCUCAAUCCAUUGGCAUUCUUACCAGUUUACAAUUUGGGUAUAGCCUUUCUUACAACUGGACAACCAGCAUCAGCUGCUAUUUAUUUAUGUGCUGCUGUUAAUGCCGAAUCAAAAAAAAAUCCAAUGGCCUAUCUUUUACUUGGAUUGGCUCUUAAGCGACUCGAUGAUUUGGAAGGUUCGGUAAAAGCCUUGGACAAGGCUCACUCAUUGUCACCUCAAGAUCCAUUAAUAUUAAUUAAUUAUGCCGUGAUUCUCGAUGCCAUUGGAAAAGUUACAGAAGCUUCGGAAAUAUUAUCGUCCCUGAACGACAUUAUGGCUAUUAUUGACGUUGACUCGCAGGUAAUUAUAAUUCUUUUUUUUUUUUUUUUUUUAAAUAUAUUUUUUACAAUUUUAUAUUUGAUAUUUUCUUUAAACGCAUCUUCUUCUGUCUCUAACAGAUAGCACAAAUGGCGAAGAGAUUAUCGAUGAAAUUACAACAACAUAAGUUAUCUAAUAAUUAACGAGAAAAAUAUUAUUAAAAAUUAUUAAAUUAUUAAAUAUUUAUAUGCAUACACUGAAGAUUAAUUACAUCGUUAUUUUUUUUUCUUUUUUUUAUAUAUGAACGAAACCAUCGUUAGUAAGUUUACAAUAUAGAAAAGUCAUAUUUUUUUGACACUCUUCUCAUUUAAAUUUUAUUUAAUUUUUAAUAUGUCAGUAUUAUUCUUCCUUUCUUUUUCUUUUUUUUUUUUUACAGAGAUUUAUUUUACAAUAACACAUUAAGUAACGAUUAUUAUGCUUAAUAUUAAUUUUACAUUUACAUGAAUUAACAAUAUUAUAUCAUAAAAUAUUUAAAUAUUAUUU